UGACUCUGUCAGGCACAGGGGGGUGUUUGUUUUCUUCCUUCCUGCAGGCGGUCCGGCAGACAAUGGCCUCCGCCGGCCGGGCCGAGCUGUGAGCGGCCCCGCGGAGGCUGUCGGACCGAGGCAGCCUGGGUCUGCUGGCUGGCGCCGCGCGGAGCCUCCCCAGUGUGAGCGGUUCCAGUCCUGGGAGCGCCGACAGGCACUUGGACUCAAAGAAAUCUUAAUCGCUUGGAGCAGAAGUUGGACAAAACUCAGCAAGAGGAAACAAGGAGACUGCAGGGAAUAAAGAGACAUAGGGGGUGUGAGAAGAGCCUGUUACAUAAGCAAAGUGAAGCUGAGGUACAAGUAGGGUGUCUGUUAGGUACAAGGGGGUUGCCAUACUCGAUUACGUCUGUGGUCUGUGUAGCUGGGGAUCCAUUUCUGACAGUGGCCAGCACCAGAUACUUCAAAGGGCAAGAAACCCCAGUAGGUAAAUAACUCCACCAGAGCAAGCAGUGGUAGCAGAGUCGACGCUGGGAGCCACGGAUGUCGAUCCCGCGUGGUGAGGAUGGGAGCCCCGUCCUUCCCCAGGAGGCUGCAAUUGGAGCUGAAGAUGAAAAGGUCUAAUCAUGAAAGAACAUAUGUACAUGUCUCCAUGAUUACUCAUCAGUAAGCACCUUCUAUGACACCACAGGAUGGAUGUGGAGGUUGACUGGGAGUCUGAUAAUGACACUUGUGACACAGGUGAGGAGCAUUCAGAUGACUCCAGCCAUAUCUCUGAACUGAUUGGUCGCAAAGCCAGCCUCCAGCUGGAGGUAGAGGAAGAUUACUCACCACCAUCUAGUCCUGCUUGCAGCCUUGCUGGACCUUCCAUUAGACAGGAACUCCCUGUAGAACUGCAGUGUGAAGAGGAGGAAACCCAUGAAAACUACUACCAGAAACGUGAUUCAACCACCGCUGCAGUGUUUGUCACCUCCAGCACCAAUUUUGACCUGCAAUGUGAAGAUGAGGAUCUGGAGCUUUACUCCUCUGAGCACUCUGAGGAACCUCAGGGAGGGCUAAGUGAGGAUGAUGAAAACAUCAUUCUUAUUGAUGCCUUUGGUGAGGAGGACCUGGAGCCCAUCUCUGGAGAAGUUUUGCCUUAUAGGUGCAAGAAGUGUGGGGCCUCUUUCCAGGAUCUGGGUGAAUUACAGGAACACAAACAGAUCCACCUGACAGAGCAUUCAUACAGAUGCCCAAUCUGUGGCAAAGAGUUCUUCCGUGCAGCGAACUUGCGAAUGCACAAGCUCAUUCAUUCUAGUGACAGGCCACACAAGUGUCCGGAGUGUGACAAGGGGUUCAUCCGCACGGCUGACGUCUGGAGGCACCUACGCAACGUCCACAAGAUUGAACGUUCAAAAAUUUUGGGAAAUGGCAUGGUUAGGAACCCAUGGUCUUCAGUGCACCAGAACCAAAAUGGUGGUAGAGAUACCUAUCAGCAGUGUUCAGAUGACCAAAAGCCUGGAGGAGAACAGUCUAAACCUUACAUCUGUCCAACAUGUGGCAAAGGUUUCCAUAAACCUAAUUUGCUGUCAAAACACAAGGUGAUCCACCGACAGGACAAACCAUAUCAGUGUCAAGAAUGUGGAAAGUCUUUUAUCCAGCUGCUCAGGUUGAAAAGGCAUCAGCAAACUCACUCUGGAGAGCGCCCUUUCUACUGUGAGGAGUGUGGUGGAACCUUCACACGGCUGGCAUCGCUACAGCGUCAUCAGCGGAUCCAUACUGGAGAAAAACCCUACUCUUGCGCUUACUGUGCUCAAGACUUCACGGAGUCCGGCUCCUUGAGGAGACAUGAACGCACUCACCAAGUGAAGAUGUCUUAGAGUCUAUAUUACCUCACUUGCUCUAGUGGUUGUUUUGUUUCCCUUCUUACCUGAGUGAAACCUGUCCAUGCUUCUUAAGAAACCUCCAUACUCUACGCACAUAGGUCAGUCCACAGCUACCUUCCCCAAAUAUUGCCAAUAUGACUCUGAUAAGGCAGCAGAGCCUCAGGAAGAACUCCAUGAUCUCUACAAGUAAAGAUAUAAGUGAAGAGGAAAAAGCCCCAGUGCCAUAUGAAGAAUGAGGUUAGAGAAUUUGUAGGACAAAUGUGGAGAGUGAAGGCCCCUGGAGGUGCUGGACAUUGUAGCUGGAUUUCUUUUGGGGUGUGUCAGAUUGAGUUUUUCCUAAAGAUUGGUGGGUUAAAUAGAGCUUUGAUGCAGUCCUGACCCUGAACUGAUGGGUACUGCUGUCUAGAAAGUGACUGCUCUGCAGCAGCGGAUUUGGAGAUCUGUCAUUGCAGGCCAUUGCCAGGACUGCAUAGUCCUCUUAGUCAGAUGUAGUCCAUCCGCACCUCUGUGAAUUCUUUCAUGGUUUUUAGUGAAGUACAUUUAUUUGAAAGAGAAGGAUCAUGUCAGUUGCAAAAUAAUACUGUUCAGGACUUUAAUAAACUGGAAACUUAAUUAACAGUUGCACCCUUUGCGCACACACUUGCUUAUGGAUAUACUGAUCCGUCAUGUGCUUACAUAACCCAUGUCACAUGUAUGUAUAUUGGUGGAUGGAGAGAGGGUUGCAUGGCUCGCUGUGAUGGUGCAUAUGGGCACAGUGGGUUGUCCCUAUGGAUCUGUGCCAGUUGUGUCUAGGUGGAGAGCCUUUACCCUGCCCAGCUACUGUGUUACAGUAACAAAUGUUUUAGAAUUUAAAAUCACAAAAAUGCUAAUUAAAAAAAAUAAGGAAUAUCGUGCUGUUUUUUAACACUGUAUAGUACUUGGAUUAAAGGUUCCUGAUUCCA